CGAGCUCGGCCGUUGUAUUUUCAACUCAGCAUUCCAUUGGACAAGAACCCAACAUUUUUUUCUUAGCAAGUGAAGCUACUUUCAUCUUUCUAAAAAACUUAUCGUCAAAUAAAGCUUGCCUGUUUUCAACUGUUAACUAGAACAAACUUAUUUAGGAACAAACAUUUCGUGAAUAAAAACAGUGAUCUUCGGAAUAGCAUCUUCAAAUGGAAAAUCUACACAUCAAAUUGGCGACGACUUUUAUCGACGAGAACCUGAUUGGAAAACACCACGAAUUCGACAGCCCAUUCGGCAAGAGGCCGGUGGUUUACUGUGAUUACACCGCCUCGGGUAAACCGUUACAAUGCAUCGAAUCGUUCAUCAUGGACAAAGUUUUACCAACUUACGGCAAUACUCACACCACCACUUCCAUUACUUCUGUGCAAACGACUACGUUUCGCGAUGAAGCGAGGGAGAUCUUACGUCACGCUGUGGGUGCCUCUCACGAAGAUGCCGUGAUAUUCGCCGGAAGUGGUUGCACCGGUGCAGUGAACAAACUAGUCGCCGGACUCCACUUGGCCGAACGCCCAAUUAUUUUCGUCGGUGCCAGUGAACACCACUCCAAUCUUUUGCCCUGGAGAGAAAUAGCUUCACGCGUGAUUCGAAUUAGAGAAGAUUCAAACGGCCUCUUGGAUACGGAAGAAUUGGAGGCGUCAUUGAAAGAUGCCCGGAAGGAAAACCGGAAAAUGAUUGGCUGUUUCUCAGCCGCAUCAAACAUCACCGGCACCCUCUACCAAGACAUGAAAAUCACGGCCAUCCUCCACCGACACGGAGCGCUUUCAUUUUGGGAUUACGCCACAGCGGCUCCAUACGUCAAAAUAGCUAUGAAUCCGGAAUCCGCCGAGUAUCCAUCAGGCACUGCCCACAAAGACGCCAUCUACUUUUCGGUGCAUAAAUUUGUGGGCGGCGUUCAAACCCCGGGAGUCUUGGUCGUCAAAAAAUCUUUAAUGAAAAGUCCCGUUCCAACUGGGCCUGGUGGGGGGACUGUUCUCUUUGUCGAUCGCCAAAACCAAGUCUACGCUCAAGAUAUCGAAAUCAGAGAAGAAGGAGGAACGCCGGCCAUCGUGGAAAACAUUCGAGCCGGUCUGGUGAUGAAAUUAAAGGAAAGUGUCACGUCCGCGUGGAUCAUGGCCCGCGAAGAAUUUCUAGCCAAACUCGCCUUCAAAAAAUGGGGAAAUAUCCCGGAGUUGAUUCUUCUCGGGAGUAGUACCGCACCUCGAUUGUCCAUUUUUUCGUUCGUCGUCCGCCACUUGGACACAGGUUACUAUUUACACCACAACUUUAUCUGCGCCUUGCUCAACGACAUCUAUGGGAUACAAGCGCGCGGAGGAUGCGCUUGCGCCGGACCCCACGCUCAGGAUUUACUGGGAAUCGACGAAUCUCUCACCGCCAAAUAUCAAGACAUGAUAGUCGAUGCUCAAGAUGGCCAUUAUUACGAUAUUCUACGACCGGGUUUCACUCGAUUGAAUCUGCCGUAUUUUGCUCACGAUUUUGAAAUCGAUUAUAUCAUCAAGGCUGUGAUUGCCGUCGCUAAGAAAGGAUGGAUCAUGUUGCCUUAUUACGAGAUGAAUACAGAAACUGGCGAAUGGCAUCACCAAAACAAGCAAUUAUUUCCAUUCGUCAAUGACAAAUUGCUAGCCAAUGUCGAUUUUCAUUUAGUUAACAAAUCGACGUUUGUCAUUGAUCCGGAAAAAAAUGGCUCACUGCCCAAGGCAAUCCGGUACAACGAGUUCCUUCGAAAGGGCGAAGAGAUAUUCGAACUCGCAUUCGAAAACAGCUCGGCAUCGCCUCCGCCAACCGAACAGCAAAUCAACUUCAACAAUAACGCCAAAGCGAACGAACUCCGUUGGUUUCUAUUCCCCAACGAAGUCGGUAGGGAACUUUUUCCCGAUAAAGUCCCUUUCACGCCACGCCAAUACGACACCUGCCUCAGCCCAGCCGACUAUCACUUAGAGCAUUACUCGACUAUUACGGCCGAAAGUGGGUCGCCCAUCUUUUCCGUCGAAAAAUUCUAUUCCGACUGCGUGCUCUCGAUUCAACAGCGGCGCAAGUGUUUCCCGGGGACUUCGUGAAACUACGGUAUUCAAUACACCCGACAUCGGUAGUCUACCUACUCAUCCAGAGUGUUCAAAAUCAAAAUGCUGGUAUUUUUAAUUGCGACACAGGCGCGAACUUAAAUACUUAUUAUUAUACAAACGCCUGUAAUUCUAAGAGUUUCCUUUGCAUGCAAACGACCCUCUAUACACAAUGUCACAUGAUUAUUUAAUUAUACCGAGAAAGAGAUUUGUAUAUUAACGGCAUACUAUAUUCAUAAUGGUGGAAUAUGUGACUUCUCCUGGCUGGCUCAGUUUUAAUUGGUAGAUACUAUACUAUAACUUGUUUUAGAACUUCUACUGUUUGAAGUUUUCUGUUUCAUUAGAACUGGCGAUGCGAGGGUUUUAAUAAUACAACAGAAAACACAAUAAAUUUCGUGUCAAACCUAC